GUCUCUGGAGAGUGUAUCAUUAGCCAAAACGAUGACAGAGAAGCAAGUGAAAGUCAGCAGCACUGCCGUGCGCUAUGGCGCAUCAUAUGGAGGCAACAGGAUCUUCUCUGCUGGCAGAAGUGCUAGGGCUGGUGGAUUUGGGGGAGCGUUUGGUGGGGGCUUCGGGGGGAUUGGACUCUCUAGAGCGGUUGGACUUGGUGCAGCAGCAGGUGGCGCAGGGUUUGGAUUCAGAGGUGGAUCGGGAGGAGGUCUUGGUCUAAGAGCUGGAGCUGGUUUAGGGUUAGGAGCAGGUUUUGGAGGAGGAGCAGGUUUUGGGGCAGGAGCAGGUUUUGGGGCAGGAGCAGGUUUUGGGGCAGGAGCAGGUUUUGGGGCAGGGGCAGGUUUGGGAUUAGGUGGGGGAAUUGGAGGUGCAGGAGGUAGAUAUGGAGGUGCCUUUAAUGUCUUGAGAGGCCGUCUGGGAGGUAGAGGCUUUAAAGUAGGAAGCUAUGGAGUCAGCCCAGCCUUCCUCUUCGCUGCUAAACCUGGUCCUGGUGGACUCGGUUGUCUCGGUGGUGGGCCUGGAUCAGGCCUCCCUGACAUCCCCUCUAUUGACCCCUCCCUGCCUUCUGUGGACACCGUGCAAGUGACUCGCUUAAAGGAAAAGGAAGAACUGCAGAACCUCAACAACAAAUUUGCAGCCUUCAUUGAUAAGGUGCGCAGUUUGGAGCAACAAAACGCUAUCCUUAGAGCUCAGAUCUCCGUGUACAACAGGAGUGAUCCAAGCGCUCCAGUCUCCCCCUCUGUUGUCGCAACCACUGCUAUUGCUGGUUACAAAGCCCAUAUUGAGACCCUGUCCCAAACAAAAGCAGCCAUACUCGCAGAAGCAGAUCACUACAAACAGAUCAUUGAGGAAGUGCAAGUGAAAUUCGAUGAAGACAGCACAACAGCUAAGACCUUGGAGACUGAAUGGACUACUCUGAAAGAGGACGUGGACCAUCUCUACUUGACAAUCUUUGAUUUGCAGGCAAAACUAUGCGGAGUUGAGGAUCAGAUAUCCCUUUCCAAGCAGUUAUAUGAUGCUAAAGUCAGAGAAGUGCAUACUAUUGCCACCUGUGGCACCAAAGCUGCUAUCUCCAUCUCUUUUGAUAACUACGCCCAAACUGCAGAUCUCACAUCAGCCAUCUCAGAUAUGAAAUCACAAUAUGAAACUCUGGUUGCAAAGACAAAGCAGGAAGCUUUCGCAGCGGCUGAGAGCAAGAUCUUUAUGGCAUCAGGUUCUACACAGUCAUCAGUCCAAACUCUGACAUCAUUCAAGGAAGAGUACAGGCUGGCGAAACUCCAGGUGGAAUCAGUACAGCGCGAAAUAGAACGUGUGAAAUCCCUGAAUGUACAGCUGGAGGCUCAUGUCGCAGAAGCAGAGACCAGCAGCGGCAGUGAAUCCGACACAUACCAAGAGCAAGCUGUCGCUCUCAAGUCGCAACUCGAUGACAUCAGAAAGCAAAUUGCUCAUUAUGGUCAAGAAUACCAGGACCUCUUGGCAGUGAAGAUGGCAUUAGAUGUUGAAAUAACAGCCUACAAGAAACUCAUGGAUAGUGAAGAGCUAAGGCUCUCCAGUGGAAGCGGCAUUACUGUGCAGGUGUCUAAAUCUAGUGUUGGUGGAGCAGCUGCUGGAGGUGGUGGAGCUGGAUUUGGCCUUGGAGGUGGCGCGGGUCUGGGUGCUGGAGGUGGUCUUGGCGGCGGCCUUGGCGGAGGUCUUGGUGGAGGACUUGGCGGAGGUCUUGGUGGAGGAUUUGGCGGAGGACUUGGUGCAGGAUUUGGUGGAGGACUUGGAGGUGGAAUUGGCGGUGGUCUCAGCAGUGGACUAAGCUUGGGCGGAGGCCUGAGUUUUGGUGGUGGCAGUUUUACAGGAGGUUACAGUUUGAACUCCAGCUCAAUAUCUUCUUCCACCGCCUACUGAAGAGCUGUAAAGUCUCGACAUCUGCCCCACAUUCCCGAGAAAUUCCUGAAUGAAUAAAUGAAUUCUGAAACUC